CUGUACUGCAUUGGUGUGGUCUGUAAGACGUGCUAGCACAUGCUGUCUGAUAUCCAGGAUGAAGCAAAUCCUGCUGCUGCUCACUUCUCUAAGCUUUGUGAACAGUCUUGUCAGGGUCCCUCUGAUAAAGAUGCCCUCUCUAAGAAGUCAUUUAAGAGCCACUAACCAGCUAGAGGACUUUCUAAAGGAUCACCAGGUGGAUGCUUUCUCACGCCGCUAUGCCCAGUGCUACCCAUCUACAUUAGUGUCUCUCAGACCAGGCAAAUCUGCAGAGAGACUCUAUAACUUCAUGGAUGCACAGUAUUAUGGACAGAUCAGUUUGGGAACCCCAGAGCAGAACUUUACUGUGGUGUUUGACACUGGAUCAGCUGACUUGUGGGUGCCCUCGUCCUACUGUGUCAGCGAAGCAUGUGUCAAGCAUCACAAGUUCAAGGCUGUUGAAUCAAGCACCUAUAUUCAUGAUGGCAGAGUCUUUGGCAUUCACUAUGGAUCUGGACACCUGCUGGGCGUGCUAGCUAAAGAUGUGCUGAUGAUUGGCUCGGUGACCCUGCCAGAUCAGAUGUUUGGGGAAUCAGUAUACGAGCCAGGCUUCUCCUUCGUCCUGUCCAAGUUUGAUGGAGUUUUGGGUCUUAGUUACCCCACACUGGCUGAGGAGGUUGGAAUGCCAGUCUUUGACAACAUGAUGAUCCAGAACAAACUGGAGAAGCCCAUAUUCUCCUUUUACCUUAGCAAGAAUGGCACUACAGAUUUAGGGGGUGAACUGUUGCUGGGAGGUGUGGAUGAGGAUUUAUUUGUUCCUCCUAUUAACUGGCUCCCAGUCACUUUAAAAGGCUACUGGCAAAUCAAAAUAGACGGCAAUAACACAGCUUUCAAAUACCCACUAUUGUCUAGAGUGAGGGUUCAGGGAAGUGCUGCCUUCUGCCAUUCCCAUAGCUGCCAUGCGAUUGUCGAUACAGGAACCUCUCUCAUCACUGGGCCAACAGCGUACAUCCUAAUUCUUCAACAGCUUAUUGGAGCAACACCUACUCCCUUUGGAGAGUAUCUGUUAGACUGCAAUAGGAUAAGCAGUUUGCCGGUGGUGUCUUUGGUACUGAAUGGAGUGGAGUACAACCUUCCUGCAGAAGCAUACAUCCACAAAGAGGUUAUGAAUGACAGAGAGGUGUGUAUAAGCGGCUUUCAAGCAGCGGAUAUCGCGUCUCCAGUCGGGCCACUCUGGAUUCUGGGAGAUGUUUUCCUUGCUCAGGUGUACAGUAUUUACGAUCGGGGUGAGGAUCGGGUGGGCUUUGCUCAUCUUAAGGCCAAAAAGUAUCUCCACUGAUUAAUGAGUCUUAUGCCUGGCAUGUUUCCUCACUGGUAUCAAAGAAUAAAAUACUGAAAUAUGUUGAUUAAA